AAAAAGACCAGAACCAGAAAUCCGCCGACAGCCCCUAUGCCAAUGAAAACGCUGGAUGGACUGCGCUUGGGUUCUAAAGAAAGCAGAAGAAUAUGGAGGGCUUGUGUUCCUCCCAUCCCCCCGUCCACACCUCCACUCCUUUUCCUCCUCCUCCUCCUCCUCUGGCAAGCUGAGGAAGGGAGAACCCCGUAGCCCAGCACAGGGAUAGCAGCCGACAGAGAAUGCACCUCUGACACGGAGCCAUACAGCAGCACAGACAACCAGCAGCGGAAGCCCUCUGCCCACAGAUAAUUGCAUAAAGGCAAAGUCUGCGAAGGUCAGCCAAGAAACAAGCAGCAGCUGCCAGAGUGAAGACCACAGGACUACAAUUACCUCAACAGUGUACAGCGCUGGAGCAAAGUGAAUGACAGAUUGGAGGCACGGGCGAUGGUGAAGAUUGAGUUUGGCUUCCAGCAACGCUGAGAAAGUGCCUGUGAGCCCGGCGAGCAGCCAGCCGUUGCAAAGGGGAAGAUCGAGCUAGGAGCCGAGUGGCGCGUGUGACAGGUUCUAUCUAAGCGAGGGACCACCACCACACUCUCCAGCCUCUGCUCAGCCCACUGGCUCAGCAGCAGCAGCAGUCUCAGUGGCAGCAGUGAUUCCCUCAACUCCAGCGCAGCCAGCUGUACAUGGAGAUCCCCCGCUGGGCAGGAAACACUUUGUGUAAGUCAGGAAGCAUCACCGUGUUUGGGAACGUGGUGUGCAGUGGGCUCCUGAGUGACCCCCUCUGGCAUUUGGGAGUGCCCCUUUUCACAAGACUGGGUAACCAAGAGGCCGCCAACCCCCCAGAAGCGAUGGCCCAGCCCUACACCCCGGCGCAGUACCCACCGCCCCCCCCACAGAACGGCAUGCCGGCGGAGUUUGCGGCGGCGCACCCGCUCCCGGCGCAGGACUUCACAGGCCAGAGCCGGGUGCCGGAGCACGCGCUCACCCUCUACACGCCCACACAGACGCACAGCGAGCCCGCCGGCAGCGACAGCAGUCCGCCCAUCAUCAGCGCCAAUCCCGCCAACGCCACUACAGACGACGUGACGCAAACAGAGGGCUCCCAGCAGCUCCAGCUCCAGCUCUCAGAUUCCUCAGAAAAGCAGCAGCCCAAGCGGCUCCACGUCUCCAACAUCCCCUUCCGUUUCCGGGACCCUGACCUGCGGCAGAUGUUCGGGCAAUUUGGCAAGAUCUUAGAUGUGGAGAUCAUCUUUAACGAGCGAGGAUCUAAGGGCUUUGGUUUUGUAACUUUUGAAACGAGCACAGAUGCUGAUCGCGCGCGGGAGAAACUAAACGGUACAAUCGUAGAAGGACGCAAAAUCGAGGUGAACAACGCAACAGCACGGGUGAUGACCAACAAAAAAGUGACAAACCCCUACACAAACGGCUGGAAGCUGAAUCCUGUAGUGGGCGCUGUCUAUGGUCCUGAACUCUACGCCGUAACUGGUUUUCCGUACCCAGCCACUGGGGCCACAGUCGCCUACCGGGGGGCCCACCUGAGAGGGCGGGGCAGGGCUGUGUACAACACCUUCCGCACGGCACCCCCACCCCCUCCCAUCCCCGCUUACGGAGCAGUGGUUUACCAGGAUGGCUUCUACGGAGCAGAGAUCUAUGGGGGCUAUGCUGCAUACAGAUAUGCUCAGCCCACCACUGCUGCAGCCUACAGUGACAGCUAUGGCAGAGUCUAUGCAACGCCGGACCCGUACCACCACACGAUCGGCCCGGCCACCACCUACAGCGUGGGGACCAUGUAAAUAACAUGAAAGGACGCUGUGCUCAGUAAUGAUGGACAUCACACACAAAAAAAUGACAAGAAGGUGACAAACGCAAAAUGAGAACUAGCUUUAAAUGAGAGGAGGAAGAAAAGAAGAAGAAGAAGAAGAAGAAGAAGAAGAGACUGAGUUUGGGGAGGAAGAGAGAGAAAGGCGGAACCGCGGCCACACACAAAAAAAAUCUGCCAGCAGCCUGACAAGAAAGAAGAAACUUGUUUCCACCAGGGGACCACCAACACUGAGAAAGAGAGAGAGCGAGAGAGAGAGAGAGAGAGAGAGAGAGAGAGAGAGAUAAGACAUUAACGUGUGAUAUAGUGUGAAUGAAAGAGGUAGAAGGAGAAAGCAAGAGGGAACACGCUUCAUUAUGACAAUAACAUUUUAUUUUUCUAUGCUUUUUUGUGCUUUAAAAAAACAGUUGAAAAAUAUGAUAUGUAUAAAACAGUAUAUAAAUAUAUGAACAGAGAUGUUUUUAUGUUAACGGGUAAAGGGGAGAUGGAACAGAUCACCCUGGAUUGUUGAUGUUUUCAUCUGCAGGAUUAAGAGGGACCCUCUUAGCCCUCUCUCUUUCUCUCUCUUUCUCACUCUCUCUCUCUGUCACCCUAUCCCCUGCCCCUCUCAUCCAAGACAGACACAAAGAUAGAUAGAUAGAUUGAUAGAUAGAUUGCUUAGAGUGAUGUCAGUGAUGUCAAAUGUUUAACGGAUGAGUGUGUAUACAAGUAUUGAAGUACUGUAAAGCUCGGCAUCCUGGUGCAGCAAACCAACACCCUCAGUGUGCGUGUGUGCUCUCUCACACGGAGGUCCGUUGGUUCCCACGGCAACUUCCUUCUUAUUCUGGGAUGUCAGAAAUUUUUCCUUUCUUUCGUCGUUGAUUUCUUGUGCUCUCACUCAUCCAACUUCCUUAGAGUAGUGCCACACAUCGUCCAUAUCACCCCUGGCCCGUGUCAUCGCACCCAAUCCCACUUUGUAUUGGGAGGUCAGGGUCAGGGCUACCCAAGGGGUGGGGGGGGGGGGGGGUGCGGGGGUGAGGACCAGGGUCAAUCUGGGUCUCCCUCCAUGGCAGACCACUGGUCCCCAUCAUGCUGCGAUGGAUGUCACAACUCUACUUCCAGUUUGAUCACCCUCAGUCUCCACCUCUCUGCCCUGAACAGGGGCCAAACGGUCAACAGUCAGCUUCCUGGGGUCAGUCUUUUUUCAGACACCACUCCUUAUUUGGGGAGGAGCCAUAGCCUGUCACUUCCUGUUGGCAGGUGAACGGUUAUGUUUGGUUUUUGUUUUGUUUUUUGUAAUGGGGGUGGUCUGAGUGACCAAUCGGAGGUGAAAUGAAUGAACAGGUUUUUGGGGUUGUGAGCUUGAUCACUUACCUGCAAGGGUCGAAGCCCAAGCCUUUGUGUCACUCAGACAGUCCGGAUGUCAAACACCAAGGAUAGUGCUAAAUGACUUCAGUAGACAGCGCAUGACACCAAUAACCAUAAUUCAAACAGACAUGAGAACUGUAGACUCUGACGGACAUUAGACAGACACUGUUAACCAAAUGAUGUUUCAAAAGUCAAUGCUACAAAUGGACUGUUAUUGUUUGGUCAAUAUUGUCUGAUUAGAGUUAUUAUUUGUGAAAAAAGAAAAACUUAAAGGAACAACAAAAAAAUACAUUUUUUAAAGGUAUUAUCAUGAUUUAUUUGCUGUAACAACCUGAAUUAUUAUGAGAGCGUUCCCUGUAAACGUGUGUUUUUUGAGCAGUUCUUGAAUGUAUUUAAAUGUGAAAAGAUGUGACACUACUUGUUUCUGUAUAUAUACAUAUCUAUGGAUGGUUUUUUCAGGGGUGCAUAUAAGCAAUUGCCUUUUUCCUUUGGCCUCGACAGUAACUGAGGCCCCACGUAACCAAUUACUUCCUCCAGACAGCCCCACCUGUGCACUCACAAUGACAGCUCCCAUCAACUUUAUUUGUGAAUUCUUUUGAGCUCACCUACAUAUGUGCUGUCUCUCUCCCUGACACACACACACACACACAGAGAGAGAGAGAGACACACUUACACACAUAUACAGCAGUUGAGACAGUUGACACUCCACACCAGGCACAGUCCAUAGUUGUUAAGAGCUGAUUGCGAGCACCAGAUUGCAAGAAGCCCAGAAAGUCAAUCGUCUUUCUAAUUUUCUUCCCUUUAUUCUUUCUCUUUUUUAUUAAGCCUGCCCUGUGGUAACAUGCACACAGACACACACACAUACACACUUCAUCGAAAUUGGAUCAGUCAUAAAAGCUCGCUAAGUAGAACAAGGUAUUCCGGAUGUCAGAUGCAAAAGUUUAUGAAUAUUGAUUUUUUUUUCCUCCGUUUUUUUUUUCUGUCUCUCUCUCCAUCCAAAGUGUGAAUUUAA